AUGAACGAGCUCUCUCAGAAUCGACAAAAAAUGCCUCUCCAAAUUGAUUUUGCUCUACUUUUCUUUUCGGUUUUUUUCUCGGUUUACCUCCCCGCAGUUCAAGGUGCAAGAACUUUCAACGUUAGGGAGUACGGAGCCAUUGCCGAUGGUCGAACCGACAAUCGAAAGGCUUUUGUUCGAGCAUGGACCGACGCCUGCAAUCGAAAUGGAGUUUCGAUUGUGUAUGUACCCAGAGGAGUUUACAUGUUGGGAGCAGUUGAAUUUUCGGGUCCAUGCAAAGGUCCCAUAAUAUUCUCGGUGAACGGACGUUUAAAGGCUCCGAUGGGAGCUUCAUCGGAUGCUGAAAACUGGAUAGCGUUUCAGUACGUAAAUAAUUUGGUGAUGAAAGGUGGUGGAACACUGGAUGGUCAAGGUCCUUCUGCUUGGUCCUUGAAUGACUGCCAAACCAACCCUAAUUGCAAGCAACUCCCAACUACUCUCAAAUUUGACUUCGUGACCAAUUCGAGGAUCAAACGCAUAAGAUCAGUCAAUAGCAAGAACACUCACAUCGGAUUCUUCGGAUGCAAUAACGUAAACGUGUCGAAAGUUUCUAUACUAGCCCCGGACGACAGUCCCAACACCGACGGUAUCAAGAUCGGCAGCUCGACCCACAUCCGAAUAUCACGUUCCAAAAUAAGCACAGGCGACGACUGUGUCGCCAUCCUUUCGGGGAGCUCGAGAAUCGACAUCUCCAAUGUUCACUGUGGCCCCGGACAUGGUAUAAGCAUAGGAAGCCUCGGCAAGUACCAAGGUGAGAAGAACGUCGACGGCGUGUCCGUCAGAAAGUGCCUUUUCCGUGAAACGGAAAACGGCGUUAGAAUCAAAACAUGGGAAUCUCCGAUUCGAGUCACCGUUUCGAAUAUAUUGUUUCAAGAUAUUUUAAUGGAUAGAGUUCUGAACCCGAUCAUUAUCGACCAGACGUACUGCCCUAUUUCUUCAUGCAAUCAACAGACAGCUUCUCAUGUUCAAAUCCGAGAUGUUACGUACAGGAACAUAUGGGGAACUUCACGAUCUCCGGUUGCUGUUUCCAUGGAAUGCAGCAAGCAAUUCCCAUGCCAGAACGUUGUGAUGACCGACGUCGUUUUGGCUAAAUUCGGAACUCGUGGAUCUUCUAAAUCUCUUUGUUCAUAUGUAAACGGUCGUUUCUUCGGAAAACAACAUCCUCGGCCUUGCUUUUAG